AAGAGCUAUUGGAAAUGAUCAUUAUUCGAUGCGCCUAUUAACCAAAAAGCAUUACUUCAUAUCGUAGCACGAUGAUUUAAAGGGUUAAUUCUGUUGAAACUAAAAAAGGCUAUGAUAUCGAUCCAUUAUAAGUUGGGAGCCAUGGAAGGCGAAACACAAGCAGACUGACUUUCAAUGCUAUUAUCGAAUGUGUGCUUGUGUAAAUGCUCUGCUGGAAAAAUAAAAUUGUAUAAAAGCCGAGUUGUAAAUACUGGAAGUUUUAUCACUUUUUUUACAUGUGCUGCCAGUUGUUAUUGUGUUGCUGUGUUUUUGUUUAUUUUAAAAGCAAUCCAAAUUUCACUCUUCAUUGUUGACCUCUUACUUCAGUACUGAACCGUAACGUUACAAAAAGAUAGUUUAACAAGAGCGAACGAAAGUGAAAUGCUUUCGCUCGGGAAAGACGGUAGUAUAAUAAACUCAAUGACGGAUACUAUAAUGAAUUACUCUGAAUUUAGCGAUCACCCUAUACCACACAUUACACAAGAUACCAACUGGGAUUGCGGUUUAGCAUGCGUUACCAUGACCUUGAAAGGUUUAGGCUUUAAUGUUACCUUGGAAGAAAUCGCACGGCAAUGUGCAGUCAAUAGUGUUUGGACAAUCGAUUUAGCAUUCUUACUACGGAACUAUGUGCAUGACUUCACCUAUUAUACAAGCUAUUUAGGCAGUAGAAAAGAAUACCAAGAUCAAAAAUUUUAUCAGGAAGAUUUCGACGAAGACGAAAAGCGAGUGAAUCGACUAUUUGCUAUUGCCAAAAGCUCUUCUAUUCAUGUCGUACGGAUGAUGCUGCCUUUGGAUGAUUUCAAACGAUUUCUAUAUUGUAAAAAGUUUGGUAUAAUCACGUUGGUGAAUGCAAGGUUAUUAAAUUGUCAAUUAUGCAAGAUGCACAGAGGUUGCCUGGGAAGUGUCUGCGGACAGUUUGAAAUGCUUUUGGGGAAAAUAAAGGGUGAUGACUACUUGGGGCAUUUUAUCGUUUUAAUAGGAUAUGAUCCGACAGAGAAUUUAUUUAUAUACCGUGAUCCUGCUACGAAUGAUGAUUUCUGUACAAUUGAAGCUGAAGAUUUUGACGCAGCGAGAAGGUCUGACGGUACUGAUCAUGAUUGUAUCGUUGUCAAAUUGUCAUAAAAAGCUUACAAUUGUAGUAUAAAGUACUCUUUUAUAUCCUCACUUUGAAUCAUUACUCUUGGCUUGCAGUAAUACUAUGUUUUAUUUCUAUUACAGAGUCUUUUGUGGACUUUGGUCUCGCAAUGAAUUACCUGUUUAAUAGCGCACUGAUCUUUUUUUGUUCCUAGUCAGCCAAGUUACUUUGUUUCUGUAUCAACUCUACAUGAUCAUUUCAGUGAAUAAAAAUUGCGUAUUUGCUCUUUUAAAAAUAUAAAUUUAACUUAGGCG